AUAUAAAUAAAAGAUGAUCAGAAAGAAAACCUAUUAGUAAAACAUCAGUCGUGUGAAUAAGAUCGAUUUUUUUCCAACAUGUUUCGCUUAAUUUUAAUUGUCUGCUUUGUGGCAGCUCCUGUUUUCGGACAUUCUAUUGGUGCUCCUACCUCAGUUUGUAAAAAUGGUCUAAGUGUCGGUCAUCAUGCUUUACCACAAACCAGUGAAGCUCCUUAUAGCUUUUCUGGUGAAAAUUCCGUUAAAUCGGGUGAGAAAAUUUCUCUUACUUUAAGUGGUGAUGAUUUCUUGGGUUACGUUUUACAAGCGCAAGAUGCUAAAGAAGAACCUGUGGGUACUUUUAAAGUAGUUGAAGCUAAUAAAUCCCAGCUUUUGAAAUGUUCAGCUGAAGGUGACACUUUAACCCAUGUUCAAUUGGAUAAAAAACCUAUUACUAGUGUGGAGUUUGAAUGGCUGGCCCCAGCUGACUAUAAGGGAAAUGUUAAAUUUGUUGCUACUGUGGUCAAAGAUUAUGUCACCUUCUGGGAACGUAAAGUAACCAAGGAUGUAACCGUAGAAUAAAUUUACUAAAAUAUUUGAAAGUUCUUAAAUAAAAAACUCUUGAGCAAUAAAAAAAAAUAAGAUAAAA